GUUCCCGUUAGCAUCCGCGAAUGCAGGUUGCCUCAAAGCAAUAACGUCCCGUUAUUUCUAGGCGGAGAUUAAUGCGAUGGGGCGCAAUGUGGCAUCAGUUGUCGAGCUAUGCAGUGUCGUGAGCGCUCUCAUCACUACAACUCUCUUCAGCGUUUCUACGUACUUGCUAGAAGACGAAUUUGAGGACCACUGCGUUCUCUACGCUGACUGGACCGCCGCUUCAAACUUUAACUUUUUCGGAGCGACGUGGAUCUGCACAGUCAUUUCAUGCGGUGGCUUUGCAGUGACUGCAAUUGGCGUACUAUUCCUCGUGCACGUGAUUGCGUCCUUCAUCAACGGAGGCGACAUUUUUGCUACAAAUACAAAAUCUUUGCGUUUUCGUGUUGUUGCUGGGCUAAAAUGUUUUCUUGGCUGUGCUUCUUGGGUGUUUGUGAUCAUGGCUGCUGGAGGUGCUGCUGCAGGUGUUGCAUCAUAUUGCAGUAGUCUGGAGGAUGCAUACAAUAGGACUGUGGCCUCUACUGGGUCAUCUUAUCCCGGAUGUAAAUUGUUUACAAAAGUUGUGGAUAAGUAUUUUGAUUUCGUCCAUCCAUUUCCAAGUGACACGUUUCUGAGGUUUGAGCUCAUACUGGGAGGAACAUGGACCUCAGUUGUAUCAUGGUUUGUAGUCAUCUGCUCUGUGAUUGGUCAAUUGCUUCGCUCUCGUUCAACUGUUCAGUAUACCAGAGAACUACAAGCAAGACUUGUCUAAUACUAUGUGUGCAGCGUUUGAGAAAUUAGUGUGUCACAAUGAGACAGAGUUGACUGCUUGAUCAUUGAAAUCCAGACAAAUACCUGUGCAUAUUGCUGUUGUAGCAACUGUUGUGUGGUUAUGCAUUUGACAUGAAUUUUUGGCAGAUUAUAGCCAGGACUAACUGCCUGGAUUCUCUGAUUUAGGAGCAUGUACAUAAAAAUUAGCUAGACUACAGGUGUAGCAUCAAUAAUCAAAUAGAAAAUCUGUUGUCAUAUCUGUAACAAAGUGCAAUAAAAAUGUU